CAAAAUGUUUCUGUUUAAUUUUGGAGCAGACAAUUACUUGUUUCGAAUGUUGAUUCUUCUAGGCAGCCCUUCUGCUUCUCCUGUUCAUCUGUCAUUCCUGCCACAGUCAGGAUCCAUGCAAGAACUAUACACUACUUGAGAACAUCGAGAAUCGCGACCCAAAGACAUUAGGAAGACCGCUCAUUGUCGACGACUAUAACCUAACACCUGGUUGGUAUGCGGCCCCCGGGAAAUGGGAACUGCUUAACCGGGAUCCAGGAGGAACCAAUCGAUGUGGCACCCAAAUCCCUGUCUACAGAAGCGGGAAAACCGGGAACAAAUCCACGAUGUGCAACAAGGUCUGGGUGAGGAAAUGCUACAGGCCGUUUACGAUCUUGACGAGGAUGUGUGGCAAUAAAGAGAUAUAUUAUCUCAAGACGUCCCACAGAAGAUCAGGAUUCUGUUUUUUCAACAAUGAUCCUUGUGCUAGCAAUCCAUGUGCUAAUGGAGGCACAUGCAGAGACUCAGGGAAGUCAAGCAAACUUGAGUACAAGUGCACCUGUGCUCCCGGUUUCACAGGUCGGAACUGUACAACUUGCAGUCGAGAUCGACAAGACAUUCUCAUCAUGGAAGAUGUAUCUCUCUCCGUUGGCAAAACCGCCUUUAACAGAGUGACACAAUUUCAAGAAAGUUUGAUAAGUCCUUUAACCAUUGACUAUUAUGAUGAUAAUGUUGCAUAUAUGGUGUUUUCUACAAACGCCAGAGUGGUAUUCAGCUUGAGUGAAUACAGCAACAGUAAGUCAAGCGUAUUGGCAGCUAUCAAGAACGAGGCAUACGAAAGCGGUUCUACUACGGACUUUGGCGAGGCUAUCAAAGUGGCUGUUAAUUCAGUUUUCACACUGUCAGAAGGCGACCGACCGAAUGCUCAGAACGUGGUCAUCAUGUUCACAGAUGGGUUUGCUACAGAGAAGGAUAGGGAGGUGAUCGAUGCAAACAUUGGUCGACUGCAUGCUAAAGCUGAGGUAUUUGUUGUCGCUCUCUCUGAUGUGGAGGUCAAUUCCACUGUCUACAGCCUUGCUUCAAAACCUGGUAACAUCUUCCAGAUUGGUUCCAAUGAUGCAGUCAGUUCACUUCAGGCUAGUCUGAAGAUUUGCAAGACUAGCGCUAAAUAAAAGGUCUGCAUAUGA